GUUAUCACAAACCAGUUUUCAUCUUCUUGUUAAACUUGAACCCAUAAUCAUUGCUGUCACACUCUCACCUUCUCCUCUGCCUGAAGUCAUUCACACACAGAUAGAAGUCGUCUCGUCAUCAUGUCGGACUCCUUCAGAACUGUGGACGAUGUGAAGACCCUCCUUGAGUCCUGGAAAGGCUUCGAUUCAAGGCAGAGGAUGAAGUUCUACGACAGCUGGGCAGAGACGUACGACCAGGAUACGGAGAUGAUUAACUACAGAGCGCCACAUCUGAUGGUAGAUUUCCUGAACGCCAACUUCUCUGGGAAUCGUGAGGAGGUUCAGGUUCUGGAUGUGGCCUGUGGGUCUGGACUGGUCGCUAAACUGAUGAUUGAACUGGGCUUCAAACACUUUGCCGGAGUGGACGGCAGUAAAGGCAUGCUGGAACAAGCUGCUAAGACCGGCCUCUAUCAGGACCUCAAGCUGGCCUUACUGGGAACAGAACCACUGCCUGCACAGACUGGUUGCUUUGAUGUGGUGAUCAUUGUCGGUGCAUUACGUGAUGGUUUUGUGCCGGUCAGCGUCGUCAGGGAGCUCUGCGACGCCGCAAAACCAGGAGGAUACAUUUGCAUGUCGAGAGUCGACCCAAAGUCCGAGUCUGGAAACAAAUACAAGGUUUCUAUGGAGAAAGAGCUGCAGCUGAUGGAGGAGGAGGGACUGUGGACUCAUGUGAUCACCAGAGAGAUGGACAAAUACAUGAUGGAUGUUUAUAACAUUUGUAAAGAUGUGCAUGAUGAGCAAUACCUCAAUGGAACCAUGUACCUGUACAGGAAGUCACUUAAUGAGUCACUCUGCACCUGAAUCCAUGUGUUCACUGUCCAAUCUGAUUUAGCAGAAUGUCGCUAAAUACACAGAAGUUAAAGAGGACAUUUGAUCCUUGUUCUGACGUGAAAAACAGGCCACUAUUGGUCAGUACUGUUAAGCCCCGCCCCCAAGCUAUGAUUGGUCAGUUGAUUGUUUUUCAUUGAUAAUGCCUCUUUCUCUUAAAGAGUAAAAGCUCCCUCUCACCUCUUCAUGAAAACUAAUGACUGUUUAGUAUCAGCAGGUCUGCUGGACAACACUAUAAUGUCAUUACAACACUUUGUUUUCUGAGUUAUCAGUCGAUUUUAAUGUGGAAACAUGCAGUUAUCAAAAACAAAAAGCUAAAUAAUUGUCAUUUAAUAUGUUUUCAUGUAAUUAUGACAAUAAAUUCAUACAUUAAA